AUGGACGUUGCUGUUUACAUCGUCACUGAAUCACAAAAGAAAAUGCUUGCAAUGUUUGUCGUUGGCAGUGACUUUAAGUCACAAUUCAAGGAAGCUGACCAAGAUGAUAAGUUGUUUAGUGAGUUCCAAGAUCUCCAUUGCAACAAGCUUCCAAGUUUCUCCAUGACCAAGGGCUUCUGCAGGAAGUGA